AUGCAGCAAGACAGCUGCGGCGUGUCCGCGGCGGCGUCGUUACGCAGGGAGAAGCAGAAGGACGAAACUGCCGGCUCCGUCGGGUCUUCGCCCGCUGCGGAUGAUGAUAUCACCUCCUCAAUGGACCUCGCUCAUGUCGUUGCGCGUUAUAUACGACGACGCUGCGGCCGUGCGCACGCGCCGGCGAUGCACGAUGACCGCAAAUCCGAUUUACAUAGAACGUCUGCAUCGUUGAGACCUUCCUCGGACGACGUGGGAAAGGGAAACGGAGCGGAAGAGGCGGGUGUCAUUGCGAUGAGUGAGCGUGUGGAAGCACAACUGCUGCAGUGCCUGAUGCAUGUUCGCUUGAACCCCAACGAAGUACCACGUCAGCCGGAGCUGCCCGGCGAUGUCGGCGUGGCUGCCUACGGCACGGAGGAGGCGGAGGCCACGACGCUCAAACCGAGGGCCUCGACAGGCGGUGCCGGCGCCUCUACCCCGCCAUCGCCUGCUGCGAAGCAAGCGAAGGAAGAGGAGGCGUGCAACGUCGACGUCAACGUGCGAGGGAAGAAAAGGACGGAGGAAGAGAUACCGGCUGGCGGGGAGAGGGCGAUUACUACCCGGCCCAGCAACACGGCCCACUCCCCACCCCCGCGUCCUCCAACUUCUCCAACACACAUGGGCGGCAAGCACUCCGCCGCCGCAAAGGGUGAUACGGAUGAUCAACAGCAGCAACAGCAGCAGCAACACGCACGCGACCGCAGAAAAGGCACUCGCGCCAGCAGCUCACCUACCGAGCUCUCCGCCUCUCCUCCGUUGCCGCCCUCUUCGGCCUCGCUCUCACCAGGCGGCACCAAAGCGAGGGAUCCGUUCUACGCCUACACGCACUCGAGCAUGCUGCCACCACGCGCCCCGUCGCAGCGCCCAACUCAAACUCCCACGCGCCUGCCGGGUGGGAUGCGUUCCGGCAGUGCGCCCGCCCCUCAAGACCCUUCUUCUCCCUCUGCCACGGCUGCUGCUGCUGCUGCCGGCCCUGUGGCGGCCCACCGCAAGAAGAACCACAGAAGUGAGGAGCACGCCGAGCGAGGGCAACGCAGCAGUCCGCCAGAAGAGGAGAAAAAGCGCAGGCGUCGCAGUGCCGGCGAUCGCCACCGUCCUCGUGCGGACGCGUUCGAGGACGGCGCGGCGGCAGCGGCGGAAGCCGCAAACGCGACGCCGCCCAAAACGGAAGAUGAACUUGUCACCGGCGUGGAUACCGCCGCGGGAAAAGCGGAGCUGAUAAGAGCGUCGCCGCCACGUCCUCCUCGCUGCCGCAACGGCGACAUCCGUCCUUUGAUGCCGGCGGAGGUGGCGGCGGCAGUGGCGUCGUGGCCCUCGCGUGUGGUGCAGUACACGCUUGCGACGAAGGUGGCCAAGGCUGCUCUGUCGGACUGUCUCGUCGAUAACAAGAGCACCGUGGAAACGGAAGUCUCUGCCGGCGAAAGCGAAGGAAACCACCACGAGCUGACGGGAGACGAGGCAAAGGUGACGAGCGCUUCCACUCCGCCUCGAGAUGAGGCAGAGGAGGCGCUGUUGGAGGGAAAUACGGAGCUAAAAGAUCUCCUUCAGCGCAUUCGUGAUGUGCUUCAGUACACCAACUUGGCGGAACAGUGUAGCGGCACGGCUGCUGCUGCUGCUGACGCUGUUGUGCCACCUGUACGCUUUCCUUCCUUUGCGCGCUUCUAUUUAGCCGAUCCCUCGCUGUCCGCUACGCUAAACAACAGCAAUAGCAAAGACGGCGAAGGCGCGCUGUGCGAUGCGGUGGUACAAAACUUCUUAGCGCAGCUCACCGACGCCCUCGUGUCUGCCGCUGUUGUCCCUGACCGCGCGGAGGAGGAAGGAGAUAACGACGACGGUCAUCCGGACAACGCACAUGCAGUGAGUACCAAAGAAGCUGACGCACCGUUGAUGUUUACGGGGGACAUCGCGAAGGACAUCGGGCUGCUGCUGAAGCAAACGCCAACAAUUCUAGCUGCCUCCGCGUCUUCUUCUUUAUCUCCCCCACGCGAAGACUCGUUGGAUAAAAGCAAACACCACGACGCCUUUCAAAGAUCAGCGCGGUCCGUCGUGCGACGCUCGCUUUGCCAGCUGCUGCGCCUCGCACCGUCCUGGCACAAUUCGACGAUGUGCACGACCCCGCUGGUGGUCGGUGUGCUGCGCCGGUAUACGCCGCGAAACGUGAACGGCUAUGGUGAUGCGUUGAAUGAUGCGAAGGAGCCGCGCGACGGCAGUGGACGGGGGCUCCGUAUUCGAUUAAUUCCUGCCGCGGAGGUCACGACAAGCAGCGCGAAAAAAUAUGCAGCUACCGCGACGGCUGCUUCGGUGAGGCAAAACGGUAGCCAUCAAAAGGGAUGUAGCGACGACAGCACCACCACUCCUACUACGAAUUUUAAUGUAGCAACGUACCAGCCCGGCAAUCCUACCCCCAUGUUUUACAACGCCUUGCUGAUCGAGGUGACGGGGGAUGAUGUGACGUAUGCUUCGGAACGUGACAACGCGGAAGCGGACGCGCUGCCCUUGGAGGACGAAGAAGAUGCCAAGACGAUCUUUCACGCAGACGUGCCGGCCUCGCACCGUCGACAGCAGCGAAGAAGUAGCAGAGAGUCGUCGCUGGGAAGAGAGAACCAGCGGCAAGACGCAGACGCCGACUCCGGCCGACCGUGUUUGUCACGUCAGCAGUGUAUCGCCUGGCGGCAGCUGCUCUCUCUGACGCAGUUCAUUCACGUUGCCGGCACUCCGGCGCAGGUGGAAACGACGGCACGCUACGUUUCCUUAGCCAUCCGCCACCGACGGGAGGCGCGGAAUGCCCGCCAGUACGCACAUCAGCGACCGAAACAGCACUCGUUCCUUUCCUCAUCGGGCCCCUUUCGUAACAGUACUGCCGCUGCUGCCGCGGCGAGGGCGCAGCCGUCCGUUGCGGAAAGUGUGCUGCCCAUUUCCGUUCCCGCCUUCUUCUUCACACUGACGCAGACUUCCGCGCUGCUGACGGCGGAGGCGGCAACGACGCGGACGCUGCAGUACGACGAGGAUGACGUGGAAGACGUGGCGAACGGAAGUCAGGCGAGGCCGUUUGAUGCCCAUCAACGACAUGAGGGUAUCUCCCCCGACACGGACGAGGACGGAGGAAGAGAGCGCCGCACAAAGGACGCGCAAGCAAGAGAAGCACCAGGUGAACGGGACCGUGGCAGCAGCAGCAGCGCAUCUUUCUCAGCGCAGCCAUCCACUGCGCCGCGGCAGGGACUUCUCUCUUCUGGUCUUGGUCUGCGUGCGCUGCUUGGUUGGCGGGCCGCGUCGGCUGUGCCUCCACCACAGCCGCCUGCAGCAGCAGCAGCAGCAGCAACGACGACGACAGCGGCAUGGUCUCCUCCACCAAUGACCGGGUCACCACCGCGCAAAAUGCGGGCACCUUCUCCCUCCCUACCACUGCCCCGUGCGGCUGCCGUGGGUGCGUCCUUGGACGACCUCGUAAUGAGGUGGAUGCACGACACGUUGAUUCCCGUCUUCUACGAAACAACGGUGACCUGCAGCGAGGCGGGUGAAGUGGACACUGCGGGCACAGCCUCGACGCCCCAGCCGUCGAGUUCGUCUGGAGGUGCGACGACUACGUCGAUGCAGGCGAAGUCAACCAGCGACACCAAUCACAGCAGUGGAAGUAAUCGCCGUCAUCGUUAUCGCUUACGUCGCCAGCGGGCGUUGCUCGGCCGCGUCCAGGCCAUCACCGCCGCCAUGGUGUCGCGGGAAAGCGACGGUGCCAUCACCGGCAACGACAGCGCUGACGUGGCAUCGUCCGAUCUAUCCGCGGCGGGACGCAGCGCGCGUGUCAUCCGCGUCGACGACGGGGCCGCCGUUAUCGCCGAGGAGCAGCUCGUUUCGUAUCUUUUGCUGAAUCAACUCUUCUUUGACCCCGCCGCGCCGGCGCCGUCGGAGGCGGUUGGUGUGGCGCCGGAUGAAGCGACGGCGACGGCCGCGGGGGCGGCGCCACGCUCUGGGCCGCGUCGUGCGCGUUCAGCGCCGUCACCGGGACCAGACGCAAACUCGCUCCAUCCAGCAGAAACGCAGCCCCCAUCGUCGCAGCACUCCCCUCUGCGGCAGCAGCGCCGCGCGCUUUCGGCCACGCCGCACCGUUCGAGCUUCUCCGCACUCCAGCAGCAGCAACAGCAGCCGUCACAGAAACAACGUCGCGUGAGCUUUCGUGAGGACGCGGCCGGCGACGCACCACAGCAGCUUGCCCCGCUGCUGGAAGCCCCCGUCACGGGCCAACCGCACCGCAGCGGCACGGCGGAUAAUCCGAGUUCAGAAGCGUCUCCGACCACCACAGCCGUCGCCGCAGCAGCAACAGCAGCGGUGUGUUUCAGCCCGCUGUCGCCCUCUCCGAGAAGCAUCCUCAAGUCCGGCCAUCGUUACAAGGCGGAGAAGCUCGUUCGAAGCAGCGCCCCGGCGGCCUCGGUUGUGCCCUUCCGCAGCUUCGCCCUGUGGCGGUGGCUGACGGCGGAGGUGCUGGCGCCCCUCACCACGACAGCGCAGGCACGAGCUGCCGCCCCCGCAGAGCAAGAAUUACCCGAUGAAGCGAAUACUAGACCCCUGCGCGCCGCGGACCUCUCACCAACAUUACACCUCAGCUCUGCAUCGUACUUUGCGGAGGCGCAGACGCUGGCGGUGCGGGUGGCGUGUGAUGUCGCAGUGGCGUUGCUGCUGGCAGGACUGCAGGCAGAGCAGUACGCGUGCUACCGACAGCUCCAGCACACGUGUCAGAUCGACAAGACAACGAAUAACGAUGAUAAGACCUCAGUCGCAGCAGAUGCAAAUACAAAUGGAGGGGACACGUCGGGGGUCAACGAUCGGCUCGACUCGUCCCCGUCAGGUGUCGAUGUCCUUGAGGCGCGCCACACGACUGCGUUCCAAUGCGAUGAUAUUCUUUUACUCGCCAAAGGCGUCGCUGAGGCGGUGGUGCGGGCGGCGUUGGCACCGGUAGUCUUGGUCGGUGUGCCGCCGCAGCUUCAACGCGUCGUCCACGCAGAGGCAGAGCCCAGCGACGACGAACACGGUGGUUUUGAUGACGACGACGAAAGCGGCAGUGGCGCUGCCUCGAUCGGUUCUCGAAAGGGGGAGCUGAAAAGAGAGGACGGACAAGCUCUCUCUGUCGCAUCGCCGGCGAUCUCCGCCCUGUCGCCCACGCUGCCACCCGACGUCUUCCAGCGCUUCCAACUGCUCUCUGCCAUUAGCCUCUAUCGUGUGCAGCGCGAAACGUUAGAAGGUGUGACGCGGCCGCUGGACCUAGCCCUGCGCCGUCUCACCUGGUGUCUCGCGCAGCACCGACUGCGUCUGCUCUGUCGGCCCCUCUUCCAGUUGUGGAAAGCAGGCAAGCUGUUGGUUCUGUCUGACAUAGCCGCGGCAGCGGGGACGUCUUCGCCGCUGUCGUCGGCGUCGCUUUCCAGGAAUGCGGCAGAGGUGCCGGCGCUGCUGAGGAAAUGUGUGGAGGCGGAGCAUGGGCUGUGUGUGCUGGUCGGGCAGGUCCUUCAGCUGUAUGAAGAGUGUUUUGUGUUGCCGCAUCUCUUGACCGGGGCUGGGGCGCCACAUGCGGUGGAGCUCAGCUUAGGAGAAGACGAAGAAGGCUUGGAGGAGGGCAGCGGCAGCCUCCAGCCGCACGUAAUCCAGAACAGCAGUAUCAACAACAGUGGGGUGCGUGUGCUGGAGCCGUUCAGCCCGGCUCCUUCGUCGCUCGAGAAGGAUCAUCCGACGGCGGAAGGCGCAGCCAGCGCUGGUCAACAACAGCAGCAGCAGCAGUUUCAGCGCCGUCUUAACACCUUUGUUCCUCUGUGCUUUGACGAGGCGCAGCUCCCGCAAAAGGAAUCCAUGGCCACCUUCGCCACACCAAUGGAGACAUCCCUCCAUCCACAGCAGUCAAACGGCUCGUGCUUGGCGCUGCUGAGUGCGUGGAAUCCAGCUGCGCUCGACGCCGACAACAGCUUUGAUCUUCACAGCUCCGUCUUGUGCGAUCUGCGUCCCAUGCGGCUUAGCGGUGGAAGCGGUGCAGCAGCAACAGCAGCAGCUGUGAAUGACUUCGCGGCCGCCGUCGCCGCUGCUUCGCCUACUGCCGCCUCGCCUGUACGCAUGCAACCAUCCUCAACACUUCGCAUUGGAGGCCGCUUCCUGCCCUACUACGCAUCCGACCUGUCCCACGUGACGGACACCACUGCCGCCACAACCGCAGCGACAACGUCAACGACAGCGGCGACCAUCACAACCGCCGCUACCGCCAACACCGCGACUACCGCCUCUACGUCUGGCGUGCUGAUGAGUAAAAGCAAUUUAUUCCCGGUAGAACCGCCACCGCAGGGCGACGGCAAUCGCGACGGUGGGGGGGAGAAGGUGAAAGCAGCAAACCCCUCCGCGGUGACCAUCGACGUAGCGCCAUCGGGCAGUGUCAGUCUCACCUCCCCGCCGAAUCUUCUUCACUCCAUCACCGGGGCCACCACACCGUCAUCACGUCUCCCGGACAAGGCAGGUGGUGGCGCCCUCCACGUCAGCGACGUUGUCGACGGACCUCUCACACCCUUUACGACCGCGGACGGUGGUGGUGAUGGCUCCGCGAUGCGCCCUCGCGUCUCUCCACGUUGGUUGAAGCUGGUGCCGUAUCAGGAACAGCAGCAGCAGAUGUCAGACUCGCGGGGAAUGACGUCUCCGUCCAGUUUCUUGACCUUCGACGCCGUUACGCCCGCCCAACAGCGUUUUCACUUAUCCGUCUUUGGCGCCAGCACGAGAGAGGAGCGCACGACCCCCGCCACAGGGAAAACACGCGGAGCGCGGGAAGAGGAGUUGGCACCACGGGACGUGCCGCCGCAGACCACUCAACCACCCACGCCGGUGGCGCCAUCUGACCAGCCCAUUCCAACGGAAGGAGCAGCGGCAGCUGCCGAGGAAAACGGCGCACAAAGAGGUGCUGCUGCUGCUGCUGAUCCGGUGCUUACAGCGCAGCGGAUGCCCUCAUCACCCUCCUCGUCCUCUCCACACUUUGCCGCGCAACUGCGGAUGGGCAACGUCGUGGAGAGCCGCUUACUCAGCCCCUUCGUGGAGGAAGCGAAACGGGCGUUGGUCGGCGCGCUGCUCCAGGGCUGGGUGCUGCCACGCUGGAGCCUGCUCUCCCAGCGUGCGGUGCAGGCGGUACGGCAGGCGGAAAGGGUGGUGAAUGACGCACCGUCGGAGAUGCCGCAGCAACGACAGGGCACGUUCUCGUCGACCCAGACGGCGAUGCCCCUCCGCCCACCAGCGCGGUACGAUCAGCGCGGCACCGACACCCCGAAGCCUUCCUUUGACGCAACGGCACGCCCAGACGGAAACGAAGAAGCCGGCAGUGCACCCUCAACGAAUGCCGGCGAUGCGGCCUCAGCCCUAACGACUUCGCUACCCCCGCUGUCUCCCCCGGAGUCACCGCCGCCUCCCUUCGUCACAGUGAGCAGAGAAAACGACGCUGCCGAUGUCGAGCACAGGUGGGAGGAGUACGCUGUCCCGCCUGAAGGGGUGUCGCGCUUUCAAGGGGUGCUGGACGACAUUACCCAGGCGUGUCGCGACUUGGCAGCGGCGGCGACGCAGUAUGAGCUGGCCCUCGUGUUGGAGGAACCAGCGCCGCCGGUGAGCACCGCCGCCACCACCGAAGGCGCCAAGCAACCCAUGUUCAGCACCCCGACAGAGGUCGCGCCGUCUUCCGUCGCGCCGCGGCAAUCGUCCGCGAGCCCCUCCGCGACGUCGUCGCCGCCGACUUCGUUGAGUCCCACUCCACCGCCGCCGCUGCCAUCCGCCUCGUACGACUUCUUGAACCAGGCACGAGCCGAGCAGGCCCGCAUUGUCGAGCGCUGCCACUAUCUGUCGAGGCUGCUGGCGGGUGCGGAGCGAGACGCAGCGGCGGCAGCGGCGGAGGAGCCGCAGGGGGGAACAGAAGAAAGCUUCUCACCACAUCCGUUUGAUAGUACACAGCGCGGCGGCGAAAAUGGAGGCGGGAGUGAUGGUGAGGGAGUGAAGCACCACGACAGUCCGCUGCAAGAUCGUGCAUUCGCACUCCGAUCUCUCAGCCAAGGCAUGCGCGGCCCGCCGUGCCCGACGCCUUCCGAGACGUCUGUCGUUGCCCUCGGCGAUCAGCCGCAGCAGCCGCAUCGCAACGGCUCCUUCCUCGGCAGUGUCGGCCCCUCGCAGCUCUUCAACCCGUUGUACGAGCCGGUACGUCGCACUAGCACUGCCUACACACUCUUGUCCGUUCCCAUGCCGCUGCUCGGCACGCGUUCCAGCACACUCAUCUCUACCUCAUCCAGCGGCGAAGACGACGACGCCGGUGCGUUCACGAGUCAGGCGUUAGGCGCCGGACCGGCGGUGACCGCCUUCUCGUCAUCGCAGCUGGCACGCGACGCCCCGCAGCGCCGUCCGUCGAGCAGCUUGAGUGCCGGCGAGGUCCUCCCACGGCUCGUGACGCCCACUUCGGUCUACCCGGACCCCGCUGCGUCAUCCGUGAAGGAAGCGGAGGUGAGUCCGACCACCGCCACAGAAGUUGCGACGUCGCACGGCACACCCAACACCGCCAAUGCCACCACCGUACACCCGCUACCGCCACAACAGCAGCGGUCGAGCGUGAAGGACUCGGAGUCGCACCGUGCCGAGCGCGAAGCGGGGGAAGGGGAUGAUGAAGAAGGAGAGAGGGAAAGCGACGGUGGGCCCUCUAUCGCUGAGCUCUGCAACACGAAGGUGGGAGCAGAGGCGUCCGCAACGUUAAAGCAAACUGAAUUGCCCGUAAAGACCUCCACGGCUAACGUGCAGACGAUCACGCGGCACGACUGCGCGCAGCAGACACUGCCAGAACGUCGCCCAACGUGCGGGGACGCCAGCACGCAAACACCCACCCCUGUGCCGAUCGAAGAGCGCACCGACGCAAACGACGACAACAGGCAGUCGCCGUCUGAGGAGCGGUGCGGCACCGCACGCAGCCGCGACAGCGUCGGCGGUAGCGGCAGUGAUGGGGAGCGGCAGCCAUCACGCGACGGAAAAAAUCACAGCGCAGGUUCGCAGUGCUCGGUAGAGACGGCAGAGGUGACGCCCUACAAGCAUCGUCACCGGCACAGAAUCCGCGGCAAAGCCGCUGACGAACCACGCAUCGUUAACGAAGUAACGGAUGACAGUAGCAGCAGUGACGAUGACGAUGACUCUUCCAGCUCCUCACUGUCCCCUGUCUCGGAGCAUUCAUCUAACCGCGCAUCGAAUGCCAUCGUGUCUGGCCGCUCCUCUCCUAUGCCGUCUGUCACAUCCUCUUCAUCGGCGGGCAGCCCAGCCGCGUCCCGCACCGUAAACGCGCCGCCACAACCCGCUUCCGCAGCCGGCGAUGAAACUCACGAAGCAGCCGACAACACGCCGGAUAGGCAUCGUGACGAUGAUGCAGAUGAACGUGUUGGUGGACAGCAGCGUCCUGCGUCGCCACCGCCGGCACCGCACGUAGCGCGGUGUAUCUCGCUGACGACCCAGUCGCCCUCCCCAACACGGGACGCCAUGAAAGAUGCUGCGUUCAAGCAGAACGGCGACGAAGGGGAAGGAAACGAUGGCGAUAAUGAUGAUGAUGUGGAGUCUUCGGCUGACGACGAAAGCGAACACGUUGGUGCUCCGCUGCCCGUUGACACGACCGUGGUGGGGUGCGAGGAAGAAGGCGGCAGCAACGCCAACACGUGCGGGUUGAAGCUGGUCGACGAUGCUGCCCCUCUUCCUCCCCCUGCGUCGACGGCGACAGAGACAACGCCGAGGAGUACACGGCCUCGCACGCCACGUCCGGCAGCCACCGCAUCCCCAUCUACGUCCGCCUCGCCCGCAGCGUCGUCGCCGUGGCGGGAACACACCCCGACGCGCGGCAGCGAGGCGGCGGUCACCGCCUUGGCGGAUUUGCAGCAGCGCCUCGGCGGGUCAAGCAGCACUGUCGCAGAACUGCGUCGGCAACUGGAUACGGCGGAGGCGGCCGCCCGUGCGCAGGCGCAGGGAAUGGCGCGUCUGCAGCACAAGUUGAAGACGACAGAGGCGGCGCUGCAGCGGGCGGUAGCCUCGCAGGAGGUGGAGCUCGAGAGGCUGCAGCUGCAUCCACCCCCGCCUCUCACCCCAGCGCGGUAUUCAGUUGCGGUGAGCACCGUCGACACAACCGCGCUGCGUGCGCUUACGCAGCAGCCACAACAGCACACUUUGCUCUCCCCAACGGUGCCUUCUACACCGCUCAAGGCAGACGUGGAAGCAACGCCGCACGGUCGUGACGGUGCCGCGCAACCGGACGAGAUGGAAGCCGCCGUGUCAACAACAACUGCAGCCGCCGCAUCGCAAACAACUCCUCACGACACGGAGUUCCUCACCACCGCCACCACGACCUCCUCCUCCCUCGCGUUAGCCGAACGGCGCGUGCGGGAGCUGGAGGCGGACAUGCGCAACGCCAACUUCCGCGUUGAACAGUGGAAGGCCCUGUUGGCAGCGGAGCGGCACGCUCGUGCGGUGCAGGUGGAUCAGCUCUCACAGCAACUGGACGGGGAGCAGCGGCGGCUGCAGCGCCGUCACGGACGCAGCACCAGUCGUAGUCGCAGUCGUAGUCUGUCGCCGGUGGGCAGCGCGGAGCCGUUGGCAGCGGGUCCACGGCCAAGCUCUCACGAUGCAGAGGGACCGCAUCCGGGCAACGCAUCCGUGGUGGGCCAAACAGACGACAGCGAUGGGAAGAAGAAGAGCGAAGCGGAGGAGCAGCGUCUGACGUCCGCGCUACAGCAGCAAGCAGAGGAACUGAAGGAGCGUGAAGAGGGCCUCCGGCGACACAUUACAGAUGUCCUCAGUCGUCUACAUGCUGCGGAAGCACGUGUGGAGGAGCAGCAAGAGCAGUCGAAGCGCGCAGCUGCCGCCGUAGCCGCUGCACGAGAAGAGGAAUGCGCGAAGCUGGCACGGCGUGUGUCGGAGCUCGAGAGCGCCUUGGAAGCUUCUCCUCUGCGCAACUCGAAGACGCACCUUAACAUCAACAGCAGCAGCAGCAGCAGCAACGGCCAUUACAGCACAAAGGUGAAGGUGGACGACGUCGGUGUGCAGACGGAUGCCGUGCUCGCCGCGCCGCCCGACAACGGUGCUGCGAGAGCUGUGGAACUGCGAGAACAAGCGGAAAAAGAAGCGGAGUUUCUCGCUGCGCAGCAGUACCUGCAGAAGGAGCUGCUCGAAGAGCAGCAGAGGGGGGUGGAUAGCGAGGCGCUACACGUCAUCGAGGUAGCGGCACUUCGUCGCGAUCUGAAGAGCAAAACACGCGACGCACAAUCGAGUAGGGACUCGUGGAUGACAGAAGAAGCGGCGCAUGGGCGAACUAGGAUGACUUUGGAGGCAGCGCAGGCCGCGGUGAUCGCUGCGCAGGUGGCGCGCCAGGUAGAAGAGCCGCGGUUCCAGCGCGACACCGCCGCGUGGUGGACCGUCUUCGCCAAGUUGGGUACCGCGUUGUGCCACGAGAAGGCACUACUGCUGCAGCGCGUCUACGCCGAACGCGUUCACCUGCAGGAUGGGCGGCUUGACGAUGCGGUGGCCAGCGCGAAGGCGGCAGCGACGGCGCAGAAGGCUGCGGUGGACGCGCUCCAAACUGCGUUGGCCGUCACGCGCGAGGGAGCCACGGUGCGGGAGGACGACCUCCAGCGGAGAUUGGCGGCGGCAGAGCGGGAGGCUGCUGCGAUGGCCGCCACGCACGCCGCGGCGACCGCCCUUCGGCAACACCACGCAGCGCAAGACACGCACGUGCGUGAUAGCACGACAGCGUGGUGUGCCGGGUGGGCAACCGUCACCGCGCAGUGGAUAGACGCAAAACUCUUGCUCUUCCGCGACAGCUACCACGACGUGCUUCAAGCGCGCGAGAAGGAGCAGCACGAGUUGGUGGCGGGUUUACAAGGCACGAUUUCCACCCAUGCUUCGGCCAUCGAGUCGCUGCAAGACGCACUGGCGUCUGCGCACCACGACGCGGAGGAGUUGAAGAAAAGCGUACAGACGCAUGCCAACGCACACGCACGCGCGGUGGCGGAGGUGGAGCGCGGCGACGCCGCACACGUGGCAGCGCAGGCGGCCAUGAACACCGCUACAAAUUGCUUUCUGCACCACGCAGCGGCGUGGUGGACCUCGCGUGCGUCCUGCCUCGCUGACCGAGCGGAGGCGACGACCGCCUUUCUUGAGAAGACGUACGUGUCGCUGCUGCGCGGCGACAAUGCGAAACAGCAAGCGGCGGUGGCAUCGCGGCACGAGGCGGCCCUCGAGACGCUCCGCCAGCACCUCUCCGAUGCACAACAAGGACAGCAGGAAAGCAUGCAGAGGCUACAGAAAGAGGAGGAGGCGCACACCCGCACCGUCGACGCCCUGCACGCCACGCAGAAGGCGUCGGCGGUGGCGCGCAACGCCGAGAGCGCCCAGCAGGGUCGCAUGCAACGUGGCACAGCGGCGUGGUGGGCGGCACGGGAGAGCUGCGUAGCCGACUGGAUGGAGGCGAAGUACAACCUCGUGCAGGACGCUUUCGUAAUGCAGCAGCGGCAGCUUUUUAAAGACGUCGUGGCGUCUGCAGCGGUGGCAAGCGUCAAGCCCAUCGUGAAAGCGAAGUCGACGCAGACAAGCGGCGCGAGGGCAGCGGACGGCGCUGGCGCGGUCGACAGCCGCGACGAGGAGAAGAGCCCAAAGAAAGCAAAUGAAGACGACGAGAGCUCCCCACGCCGCUCUCGUACGCCGGACGUGGUGAUGAUGUCGCUGGAGGACCCGCUCGGCUUGCACUACGAACUUCAGCGCAAGACGCGUCGCAUCCGCAGCUUGGAGGAGAAGGUGCGGCAGCUGGAGGCGGCGCACGUCGCGGACCGGCAGGCCCUGACGACCUUGCAGACGUUACUGCGGCACGAACGAGGCGACCACGCCAGUCCACUGCUCGCGGGCGCACCAACGUCUUUAACGGGUGGCGGUGGUGCCUCUCCAUUGUUUUCCCCAAACGGUCAUGCGUGGCAGCCGCCGCGGCCACCGGUAUUCGCCUCGGCGGCUUCCACACCAUCCCAAGCACCACUGCGUAGUUGGGGUGAAGGAGGGAGCAACGAGAUGUCGCAGCGUACGCCGUCGCGAUCGCCGGGCGCUGCAAAAAGCCUACGACUGACGCCGGGUGAGUAUGGUCAGCGCUUUGCCGGGAUGUAA